UGUACGAAGGGUAAUAAUGAAUUAUCAUUCUUUACUAUGCCUGAGUUUGAAAAUUGGAUGGCGAAGACCCCUGAUGCUAAAAAUUGGAAGGUCAAAUAUUACAAGGGUCUUGGCACUUUAAAUACCAAAGAAGCUAAACAAUAUUUCAAAAAUUUAAAGCGCCAUAAAAAACCUUUUGCACCUAUGAAAGAAG